UCAAUGGAAAAUGAGUAGUAUUAUCCAUUCGAUAUCAACCAGAAAGAAUAACAGUUUCACAGUCGGAGCCACCACUUUCCCGCACCGGCGAGCGGUUGCUGUUGCCUUACUCCGCCCCAGCAAUGCUUCUGAGUUUCCAUUGCAUCACUCACCAAAUUACACCUUCACGUACCCUCAGAUCCUUCUCCCACCACCACCGCCUCCCCGCUCUCUCCCUCCCCUCGAAACCCUACCGGCGAUUCCCCCUUCCAAUUAUCGUCUCCUCAUCCGUAUCCGCCGGAGCUACAGUAUCCGGCAUCUCAGAAGAGGAAAAAGCAAAUGAUUAUGACAUCUCGGAAGAGGGAAAAGGAGAUGAUUACCACUUUUAUGGAGAGAAACGGGAGGAAAGUUUCGAUAUCGAUGGCUCGUUUGAGUUGGCUGAGUUGAAGCGGUUUCGGUCUCCGGUUGUGGAGGUAAAGGAGCUGGAGGAGCUGCCGGAGCAGUGGCGGAGGUCGCGAUUGGCGUGGCUGUGCAAGGAGCUUCCGGCGCAUAGGUUGCCUACGUUCAUUCGGGUGCUCAAUGCGCAGAGGAAGUGGAUUAGGCAGGACGAUUGCACUUAUAUUGCCGUCCACUGCAUGCGUAUACGUGAAAACGAGUCAGCAUUCAGGGUGUACAAAUGGACGAUGCAGCAGCAUUGGUUUCAAUUUGAUUUUGCCCUUGUAACCAAAUUAGCUGAUUACAUGGGAAAGGAGCGAAAAUACUUGAAAUGUCGUGAACUGUAUAACGAUAUAAUUAACCAAGGUCUAGUUCCUAAUGAAUCCACAUUUCAUAUUCUGAUUGUUGCCUACCUUAGUUCAUCUGGUCCAAGUUGUCUAGAGGAAGCAUGUAGCAUUUACAAUCAAAUGAUUCACUUGGGAAAUUACAAGCCUCGACUAAGCUUGCACAACUCUCUAUUUAGAGCUCUUGUGAGCAAAGCUGGAGGCUCUUGUAAACAUCAUCUUAAACAAGCGGAGUUUAUUUUUCACAAUCUGACAAUGUCUGGAUUAAAAGUACAUAAUGAUAUUUAUGGUGGGCUUAUCUGGCUCCAUAGUUAUCAAGACGUAAUAGAUAAAGAAAGAAUUGUGUCAUUAAGAAAGGAGAUGAAAUCAGCGGGUAUUGAAGAGAGUACAGAAGUGCUCGUGUCAGUGUUACGAGCUUGUGCUAAGCAUGGUGAUCUUGCAGCAGCUGAAAGUAUUUGGACAAAUAUUCUUUCUUCCCAUAGUAAACCUCCACCUCAAGCAUUUGUGUAUCUAAUGGAGGUCUAUUCAAGGGUCGGGAAACCGAUUGGAUCCCUUAAAAUAUUCAGGGUUAUGCAGGAACUGUGUUCACCAAAUGUUGUGUCAUACUACAAAAUCAUUGAGAUAUUGUGUAAAGCUCAAGAGAUAGAGCUUGCAGAGUCACUUAUGGUAGAGUUCAUAAAUAGUGACAUAAAAUCCUUGACGCGGUCUUUUAUAGAUAUGAUGACUAUGUAUUCCAAUUUAAGCUUGCACGAUAAAGUGGAAUCCACUUUCUUCCGGUGCCUGGAAGAAUGUCAUCCCAAUCAGACUGUUUAUAAUCUGUACUUGGAUUCUUUGGUGCAAACUGGCAGUCUUGAUAAGGCAGAACAGAUCUUCAGCCAAAUGCAUGCUGAUGAGGCAAUUGGUGUGGAUGCUAAAUCAUGCAACAACAUCUUGAGGGGCUAUCUAACCUAUGAGCAUCAUGCUAAGGCAAGAAAGAUAUAUGAUUUCAUGUGUCAAAAGAAAUAUGAAAUUGAAUCUUCCUUGAUGGAGAAGCUAGAAUACGUCGAGAGAUUUAGUAUGAAGGAAGCCAAAAGAUCAUCAAGCUUGAAGCUCAGCCAAGAGCAGAGAGAAAUUCUGAUAGGUCUACUGUUGGGUGGUUUAAGGCUUAAAUUGGAUGAGGAGAAAAGGAGUUACGCGAUUGAUUUUGUGUUUAGGGAGGACAACAAGAUCCAUUACUUUCUGAGAAGACAUAUACACAACCGAUUUCAUGAAUGGUUAGCUCAAAAAGUGCAGAUUGAUGACAAUAAUGGUGAUAUUCCAUGUCAGUUUACAACCAUACCCCACUCUUGUUUUCAGUUGUAUGCCGACCAGUUCUGGCCUCAAGGCCUACCUGUGAUUCCUAAGCUAAUCCACAGGUGGCUAACACCUCGUGUUCUUGCAUAUUGGUAUAUGUAUGGGGGCUACAAGACUUCAUCCGGUGAUAUUUUGUUGAAGCUGAAGUUCGAUAAAGAGGAUGUUACGAGGAUUGCCAAAACAAUCAAGGCAAAGUCAUUGAAUUGCCGUGUCAAAAGAAGAGGGAGAGUUUUCUGGAUGGGUUUUCUUGGAACUGAUGCCGCUGAAUUUUGGAAACUAACCGAACCCUUUGUGCUUGCAGAUCUGAGAGAUUCUCUUGAAGCAAAUGUUGAGUCUCUAGAUGGGAGGUCAGGGCUCAACAACGUAAGUUUUAGUAGCGAUUCAGAUACUGAUGGAAACACUUCAGAUCAUAGCAAUGAUGAAGGACAUGCAACUAUUUACUGAUCAUCUUGUGGUUUAUGAGCGUGAAAAUGGUCUGCCCAAGAUAGCAAUAUAUCGCCUUCCAAGUUGCUCUUCAAUGACUCAGUAGUUUUAUUCAGAUUGACAAGAGCCAUAUCCAUCUCAGCAACUGCCAACUCUAAGUUCUCAAUUUUGAUCCUUGCUUCCACCAAUUCCUUCUCCAUGGAAUUUCUUGCAUCAUAGGCAUCUUGAGAAAUAGAUAAGAGCUCAGCGUUUUCUUGGGAUAGUGAAUUUAUUCUCUGAUUUUCAUUUCUGAGAUACAAUUCACGAGCAGAUAUUUUGGCUAGCUCCGCAGCAGCUUCUUCCAGUUCAAGCGACUUUAAUUCAAGAUCUUUUUCCAAUGCCCUCAAAGAAGCAAGCAGAUCAUCUUUAUCGUCUUUCUCAUCUUUACUGUUAGAUGCAGAUUCCUGCAGCAAAGCCAUAUCAAACAACAGCCCCUAGAGAAUA